ACACUCAAGAUAAAUCAUCGUGGGAGUUUGUACCUAGUGAUAUUUGUGACUCCUUUUGUACGGGCGGGAACUGCUGCCAGGCUCAAAAGGCAAAUUGUGCAUGUGCUCUUCAAAGUGGAGCCUAUGGAUGUGCAUGUGCCCCAGGUUACACAGGGUAUGGUCUGAAUGAGCAAUGUUCACCCUGUGAUAUUGGCUAUUAUAAAUCAGUGUGGGGCCGGCAGGCUUGUGACGUAUGUCCAAUGAAUUCUGAAACUAAAAGCAAUGGUGCCACGGCUGAAAGUAAAUGUGAAUGUAGUGAAGGUUACAAGAAAAAUUUACAAAAUCAAUGUGAAGUUGUGACAUGUAGUGUAUUGACACCUAGCAUAGGUGUCAUCAAGGUGUCAUCAAACUGUGGCAAUGUAUUGAAUGAUGAGUGUCGAUUUAAAUGCGCUACCAACUACAAAACAAUUAGUGGAAAUGCAGUAAGAACAUGCCAACCAAACAGCUCUUGGUCUGGCACUCCUCUACAAUGUUCUGAAAUCCUUUGCAAAACGCUGCCGAAUGUGGAGUUUGGGACUUUAAGAUGUAACAGUAGCAAACUAUCCGUCAGUACGGAAUGUGAAGUGAAUUGUGAGGAAGGGUACAGUAUAAGCGGAGAUGCUAUCCGGACUUGUGAGCUCUCUGGUAUUUGGAGCGGGAAUACACAGACAUGUGAACCCCUAGAAUGUCCUGUUAUAGAUCUUCAUCAAGGUGGAGCAAAUAUGAUACUUACACCCAGUGAAUGUUUGAAUUCUACGCUUCCUUACAAAUCAGUAUGUAAUAUUUCGUGCGUCGAUGGUUAUGGUCUUAUAGGUCCAAAAUCACAUGUGUGUCAAGCCAAUCAGGCGUGGUCAAAAUCAAAAAACAUUACUACAGAAUGCAAAGAUAUUGAACCACCUGUAAUUACAAAUUGUCCUCAGGAUAUUGAAGCCGAUACAGAUCCAUCGAAGGAUACAGCAGUGGUAACUUGGCCCUCGCUAAUCGUUAAUGAUAACUCUGGAGAUAAGCUUACUCCUAGAGAAAAAAGAAUACCAGCAACGACAGGCCAGGAGUUUAGUAUUGGGACAACUCUUGUAAAAUUCCUAGUUAAAGAUGCUGAAAAGAAUAAGGCUUAUUGUAAUUUCAAUGUUAACGUAAUAGAUAGAGAGCCACCAGCUGUGGUCUCCUGUCCCACUGACAUUGAAAUAGAAAGUUCGCAAAGCACCAUCAAUGUAACCUGGAAAGAACCAGAAUUUAAAGAUAAUUCUGGCAAAUUUACUCUUCAAUCAAACAAAUACUCUGGUUAUCGGUUCAACCAAUUUGAAGUAUUGCUAGUUUCCUACAAGGUUGAGGAUUCCUCAAAAAACACAGCCUUUUGCAAUUUUUCUGUGAAAGUGAAGCCUUAUUCAUGUCCUUUCCAACCACCCCCUGCAAAUGGAGCUGUUGCAUAUGAUUCCUGGUCAGGUAAUCAAGUUUACCGGAUCUAUUGCCAUGCUGGCUAUGAAUUUUCACGUACACCCGAAAAGGCGUACUUCUGCUCAGAUGGCAAAUGGGUUCAACCUCCACCUUUAAAUGAUACUCCAGUUGAAUUGCCAUGGCCAGACUGUUCCG